UCCAAUCACAGCUGAUCACAUGUAAACAUGGAAAUGCCGGUUAUCGGCAUUUCUCUCCUCUCGAGCUGUCACACUGACAGGGAUCAUCAGGGCACUGAUGAUCAGUGUGCCCUGAUGAUCAGUGUGGCCCCAGAAGUGCCACCUGUCAGUGCCCAUCAGGGCCAGCAGUCAGUGCUCAUCAGUGCCACGUGCCAGUGCCCAUCAGUGUCACAUCAAUGCCACAUAUCAGUGCAUACCAGUGCACAUCAAUGCCACAUAUCAGUGCCCAUCUGAGCUGCCUUUCAAUGUCACCCAUCAGUGCCAGUCAGUGCCACCUAUGAAUG